AUGUCAGCCAUCUAUUCUGAAGCCCAAGUUGCUGGGUUUCUCAAACAUCUUCAGGUCCCUCAAGAAUUCUACGUGGGCAAUGAGCCUAUUCUGGACCAUGCCUUUCUCAAAGUGCUGCAUCAGCACAUGAUCGCAACAGUCCCAUAUGAUAACUUGACGCUGCAUUACUCGUCGCAUCGCAAUAUCAUUCUCGAGCCUCAAGCUCUCUACCAAAAGAUCGUGGGGGAUGGGCGCGGAAGGGGGGGUUACUGCAUGGAGAGUAACCUCUUCUUCUGCUACAUGCUGAGAGCUCUUGGUUUCCAAGUAUAUCCCGUAGGCGUACGAGUUCGUCUGCGAAAGGACGGUGUUCCUCACGGUGAUUUCGUUGGCUGGCAAGAUAAAACCCAAUUCUGUCAUCAGUAUCGUUCACUAACUGUUCCUAGGGUUCACAUUGUCAAUAUUGUAACUCUACCUGAUAAUUCUCGCUGGGUUAUGGAUGCUUCAUUUGGCGGCGACGGCCCAACACAGCCCAUGCCCUUGAUCGAGGGCGCCGAGUGGGUUAACAUGGGGACACAAGAUGCUCGUCUUAUCAAGGACUUCAUUCCCGGCCAAACAGAGCUCACGUCCGGGCGUCGUCUCUGGAUCUACCAAUGCCGCAACUCCCGCGACCAGCCUUGGACCAGCUUCUAUGCUUUCAGUCACUCAGUUGAAUGGCUACCAGCCGAUUUCGAGAUUAGCAACUGCUACACAGGCACAAGCCCACGCAGUUUCCAGACAACGACGGUUUUGAUUGUCAAGUUCCUUCUAAGAGAGAGCAAAACGUCACCAACGGGCGAAGAAAUUUACGGGAAACGAAUGCUGGUUAAUGAUGUGGUUAAGGAGAACCCCGGAGGUAAGACAAGGGUUCUGAAAGAGUUGAAGACAGAGGAUGAGAGAGUGGAGGCGUUGAAGGAGUAUUUUGGCAUUGAUUUGACGACGGAAGAGAGAGAGGCUAUUAAGGGCUUCCAGACUGAGAUUAAGAGCGAGUAG